GUUGAGCGCCAGGUUAUGUAGAUGCGCAUGCGCCUUCUAUGGCCAUCUCUCAGCAUCCGGUUUGAAUUGUUCAUUUCCUUUUCCUUCUAAACAUCCAAGAUGGUGAAUGUGCCCAAACAGAGACGCACUUUUUGCAAAAAGUGCAAGGUUCACAAGCCCCACAAAGUUACUCAGUACAAAAAGAGUAAAGAGAGACAUGCCUCACAAGGUCGUAGACGUUAUGACCGUAAACAACAGGGAUUUGGUGGACAGACGAAGCCCAUCUUCAGGAAGAAGGCUAAGACCACCAAGAAAAUCGUGUUGAGGAUGGAGUGCACAGAGUGCAAAUACAGAAAACAAAUUCCCCUGAAGCGUUGCAAGCACUUCGAGCUUGGAGGUGACAAAAAGAGGAAGGGCCAGAUGAUCCAGUUCUAAGCUUAACAUCUUGGAUAUCCAUUGUAUAAAAAAUAAAUAAAUUCCCAGGAAUUUAUAAAUA